CAAUCUAGAUCCCCAGCAGGAAGUGCUAUUGCUUCACGGCGAUUUAAUCUCAACGGUAGCCAACGGCUUUGAGGUUGUGGGAAAGUCAGAAAACGUCAUCGUCGGUAAGCCUUUUUGUUCCCGUCUUUUCCUCAGUAGCUCAUCAUUUGUUGUUGUUUUGGCAGCCAUUGCAAAUGUGGAGAAGAAACUGUACGGUGUUCAGUUUCACCCUGAAGAUGACCGUUCUAAAAACGGCAAAGAGAUGUUGAAGAACUUUCUAUUCAACGUAGCCGGCCUCUCGGGCAACUUUACCCUGAAGUCUCGAGUAGACAAAAGCAUCGACCGCAUUUGCCAGUUAGUGGGCACGAACAAGGUUUUUGUGCUGGUCAACGGUGGCGUCGACUCGGUGGUCAGUGCCACUUUCCUGCAGAAGGCACUCAAAGUCGACCAGGUGAUUGCUCUGUACAUUGACAAUGGCCUCAUGCGCAAGAACGAGAGUAUCUUGGUGGAGGACUCACUGAAAAGCGUCGGUCUCGCCAUGAUAACUAUCAAGGCCUGGCUGCAAUUCUGCAACGCCACAACAACAAUUUCCCUCUCAAAAGAGGAACCGAAUAAGAAAGUGGUCACAAAG